GUUUGUUUUUUUUACAAUUUAGAAAGGCUAUUAUAUAAGAUCAAGAUUUAUCUUGGCAUUUCUUGGAUCAAGAUUCCAUGAUCGAUAUGGUUUAAUUUAUCAAGAAACAACUCUUAAGCUUUUUCUUUGUCUACCAUGGCAAUACGCUUAAGUGCUUGUUCUUCUUCCUCAGCCACCUUUAUUGCACCCUCCUCAUUCUGUCAUGAGACUGAGACUAUACUAAAAAGAAAGAAUUUUGGAAUCUGGGUUUGUCAGAACAAUUCAAAUUUUCAUGAAAACAAGCGGUUUGAGCUGAAAGCUUCAAACGUGCAACCACUAAAGGCUGUUUCUUUGCAGGCUGGUGCACCUGCGAAUUCUCUAGCUACAGAACGUGUUGUGAAUCCAGUGCAAGAACACUACAUUCCUUUCUUAGAAACAGUGAAAGAAGAGUCUACUCUCAGCAUUGUUGUUGUUGGGGCUUCAGGGGAUCUUGCUAGGAGGAAGAUCUUCCCUGCACUAUUUGCUCUUUUUAAUGAAGAUCGUUUGCCUGAGAAUUUUACAAUUUUUGGUUAUGCACGGAGUAUAAUGACUGAUGAGGAGCUGAGGAAUAUGAUCAGCAAAACUCUGACUUGCAGAGUUGACAAGAGGGAAAAUUGUAAUGAGAAGAUGGAUGCAUUCUUAAAACGGUGUUUUUACCAAUCCGGUCAAUAUAGUUCUGAGGAGCAUUUCUUGGAAUUAAACAACAAGCUGAAAGGAAAAGAGGCUGGAAGACUUUCGAAUAGGUUGUUUUACUUAGCAAUUCCACCAAACAUGUUCGUGGAUGUGGCAAGAUGCGCCAAACAUCGUGCUUCUUCAGAAAAUGGGUGGACUCGAGUCAUUGUUGAAAAGCCAUUUGGUCGUGACACAGAGUCAUCCAGGGAGCUGACCAGAGGCUUAAAACAAUAUUUAAGUGAGGACCAAAUAUUCAGAAUUGACCAUCACUUGGGCGAGGAGCUAGUGGAAAAUCUCUUGGUGCUUCGCUUUUCAAAUCUAGUUUUUCAGCCUUUAUGGUCAAGAAACUACAUUCGCAAUGUACAGCUGAUUUUUUCUGAAGAUUUUGGGACAGAGGGACGAGGCAGGUACUUUGAUAACUAUGGUAUCAUCCGGGAUAUAAUGCAAAACCAUCUCCUACAAAUACUUGCACUAUUUGCAAUGGACACACCUGUCAGCUUAGAUGCGGAGGACAUUAGGAAUGAGAAGGUUAAGGUUUUACGAUCUGUGAAGCCAGUUCAGCUGGAAGAUGUGGUUAUAGGUCAAUAUAAGGGUGAUUGUGAUGGCAAUACAUCAUAUCCUUCCUAUACUGAUGACAUGACUGUAUCAAACAAUAGCCUUACACCAACAUUUGCAGCAGCCACUCUCUUUAUCAAUAAUGCUCAAUGGGAUGGGGUUCCAUUCCUGAUGAUAGCUGGGAAGGCUCUCCAUUCAAAGCGAACAGAAAUCAGAGUUCAAUUCAGGCAUGUUCCAGGUAACUUGUACAAUCACAAGUCUGGAACUGAUUUAGAUAAUGCUACAAAUGAGCUUGUGAUUCGCAUACAACCUGAUGAAGCUAUAUAUCUGAAGAUCAACAAUAAGGUCCCCGGUCUUGGAAUGAGAUUGGAUCGUAGUGAACUUAACCUGCUUUAUAAAGCCAGGUAUCCAAGAGAAAUAUCAGAUGCAUAUGAGAGGCUGCUCAUCGAUGCAAUAGAAGGGGAGCGACGGUUGUUCAUUAGAAGUGAUGAACUAGAUGCAGCUUGGCAAGUACUCACACCAUUGUUGAAGGAAUUAGAAGAGAAGAAGGUUGCUCCAGAGCUCUACACAUAUGGUAGUGGAGGGCCAGUUGGAGUGCAUUAUCUUGCUGCACAGCACAAUAUUCGCUGGGGUGAUUUUGGUUACGAGGAUUAAUCAAUAGAUGGGGUCUUUAGCAUGCGAGGAUUAGUAUUUUGAUGAUGAUGAUGAUGAUGAUGAUGAUGAUAAUUGUUCAAAAGUAUUCAAAACUCAUUUCUUUCAUAUAUAUAUAUAUAUAUAUAUUUUCUAUGUAUAAUGUGUCGGUCUCAGUUAAUUUAUAAUGUACAAAUUAAAUAAAGGGAAUGUAAGUUUGGAUUCUGCAACAUGUAUAUGUACAAGUAACAAACAAUUGUAAUAAAAUGAAAUUCAUGAAUUAGUAUUAUCA